GUGGGUACCGUGUGUGUGUUACUUUCACACCGCGACACCGGCGGAGCUCGGAGCGGCGGCUGCCGGGUUCAGCGCCAAGGGGGGAAAUCAGGAACGAAAACGCUUUACCCCCCCCCCUUUUCCCUCUGCACCCCCCCUUCUCUCACACACGAGCCCUCCCUGCGAGCAGCAUCUCCCGGCGAGAUCCGCGUCCUCAGGAGGCACCCGAGGAAGGAGAAGGGAAAUCCCCGAUGGGAGAGUGACUUGUGGGGAUUCAUUAUUCUUAUUACUAUUUUUUUAGGAAGGUUAAAUCGGGGCAAACUCCCUUGUUCUUCAGGGAGAGCUGGUCCCCUCCUCUCCCCCCACAAGUCCCCUUUAGAUCCCCGUGCGAGGAAGACCUGGAAGGACCCUACGGAUCCGGAGUGACCCUUGGAUAUUAAAUCGGAGCGAGGGAGGACUCAGGAAGGAGAUCCCACCCGGCUGGUGUGUCACCGAAUGGACCAGCAGCCCAGCGCCAGGAGCUGCAGCCGGGGUGCCCCAGCCUGCGAGGCCGUCCCGAACGAGCCCUCCAUGAAUCUGUACAUCAACACCACCACCGGGACCCGUUAUGAGCUCUCCGUCCCCGUGGAAGAGACGGUGGAAGGACUGAAGCGGAGACUGUCACAGAGGCUCAAAGUGCCUAAGGAGAGGCUGGCUCUCUUACAUAAAGAAAGUCGGCUCAGUUCUGGAAAGCUGCAGGAUCUGGGGGUCGUGGAAGGAAGCAAACUGACACUUGUUCCGACAGUGGAAGCUGGCUUGAUGUCUCAGGCAUCCAGACCAGAACAGUCAGUGAUGCAGGCUCUGGAAAGCUUAACUGAAACUCAGGUCAAUGACUUCCUGUCAGGAAGGUCCCCCCUGACGCUGGCCCUGCGGGUCGGCGACCACAUGAUGUUCGUGCAGCUCCAGCUGGCAGCUCAGCAGAGCGGGGGGCAGCUCCAGCAUCGGCAUGUCAUCGCCAGCCGGGGGGAGCCCGGGGCAGCGGCCGGCCCCACCCCCCAGUGCAGGACGCUGCACGGAGGGGCCAGCUCCAACUUCGCCCGCAUCCCUGUGGUGCCCACCUGCCAGCAGAGCCCCGCCCCCUCAGCACAGGGCACACCCAUGUACUGUAACGCCGCCCACCCCGCCCCUGUUACAGCCGGGAUGUUCCGGUCGCAUGGGGCCAGCACGCAAACGGUUAACAGCAGCGUCGUCUCCUCCUGCUCAGAGAUGGACUGUAACUCCCGGAGUAACAAUUCUGCCAGCAGCAACACAGCCCCAACAAGCCGAUCGCGCAAACCUGGUGCGGUCAUAGAGAGCUUCGUUAACCACGCUCCUGGGGUCUUCUCAGGGACCUUCUCUGGCACUUUGCACCCCAACUGCCAGGACAGCAGCGGGCGGCCCCGGCGUGACAUCGGCACCAUCCUUCAGAUCCUCAAUGACCUCCUGAGCGCCACGCGGCACUACCAGGGCAUGCCUCAGUCCCUGACUCAGCUGCGGUGUCAGACGCAGUGCGCCCCCUCCUCGCACCCGCCCUCUCCAGACUCCGCCAGCAAAACUACCUCAGAGAAGCUGACGUCCGCUGUGGCCUCGCAGCCCCUGCACUCCGUGGUCCAGUGCCAGAGCCAAAUCAGGAUGUGCAAGCCCAGUGGUGACCGUCUGCGGCAGACCGAGAACCGCGCCACCCGCUGCAAGGUGGAGCGCCUGCAGCUGCUGAUGCAGCAGAAGAGGCUGCGUCGGAAGGCACGGCGGGACGCCCGGGCCCCAUACCACUGGCUGCCAAAUCGCAAGUCCAGCCGGACCAACAGCAACAGCAGCGUGUCUAGCGAAGGCAGCCUGGACCUAGACUUCGAGGAUUCAGUGUGGAAGCCUGAAGUCAAGGCGGACCUGAAAUCAGAAUUUGUCGUAGCAUAGAUCCCCAGGCUGAUGUGAACGAACAGGGCCUGUGGUGGGACGGACACUGCAGGGGAGAACCAGGACUCUGAUCUCUUCAUCCCAUCGCUCAGAUCUCCUCUGUAUUCGCUGGAUGCCUGGGGUGGGCCUGGGCGACGUCUGUCGGAAAAGCAUGGAGGAGUUGCCCCAUUUUUUUAGUUUUGUUCCUGGUUUAUUUUUCAGAGGGGAGGGGAUGGGAUGGGGGUGGGGAAGGGAGCUCUCCAGGACACGUGAGAGAGCUGGAGUUUCAAGCUGGCGAACUGGAUUUUGUUUUGUUCCCAUUUGAAUAAUAAGUGGACUCUAACAUGCCUGCCUUACAUCGCCGCCAAACCAAUAAAGCCAACGCACGAGAAACUGAACGGAGCCCAUCUGGCGAGUGAGACAGGCUCUGGACUUCCUACUUUUUUUGCAGAGCGGAGCUCGCUCGUCGGAAGAAGAGGGGAACUGUGGUUUAUCAAAGCUGCUCAUUUUGCUGUGAAAGACCCAAGCAUGCACAGUACGGGCAGGCGCUCCCUGGAGACUCGGAGCCUGGCGCUCGCUAUAUAUAUAUUUUUUGGGUGGGGAGGGCUGCUGUGCAUGCUUGGGCCACGUGGGAUCCCAGAAAUUUGGGGGCUGUUUAUUUUUCCUUCCCUCUUUUUAUAUGUAGCAUUGCUCAGCUGAUUUUAAUUUUAUUUUUUUAAACAAAUUCAACCCCGUCCCAUCUCCACACAGUUAGGUUGCAGAAGAACCCACAUGCACUUUACAGGUCUCAGUUGUGAAGUAGUGCCAGGGGCAGCCCCCACACUCCCCCACACACACCCCAGUAACAGCUUUGUGCUGGCUUUUGGAGAUCUGUUACGGACCCUCAGAGGAGAUGCUAUGGGUAUCCUCAUGGUGUGUUUAUUCUUCACCCCCUGCUUUGCAUUGUAAAUUACAAUGCAAUGGCUCUAUAAUAUUUUUAUUUUGGUUGUUUGGGUUUUGGUUUUUUGCGUGUGUGUGGGUGUGUGGGUGUACUUAAUUCUGACUCCUUGCAGCAGCAAAGGUUGGCUUGCUUUAUUUUCUAUGGAAGAGGGAGGGAAAUAAAUAGAUUUCCCCUCUGCUGUAGAGACCAACUUUUUACGUUCAGAAGUUUUUUUCCACCCAGCUGUUGGUUGUGUUUUUUAACUUAAAAAAGGAAAAUUUAAGAAAAAAAAUAAAAUAAAAUAAAUCCAGUACUUGGUAAUGGCUGUUUGCAGGCCUUGGGGCUAAUAUUUAUAGACAUUAAUAACUUGACUGAGCCAGUACUGACCUAGUGUUGCCUAGACUGUAGAAAUCCUUUUUCCUGUCCCUGGUUUUUUCUUUUUCCUUCUCUCUCCUUCCCCCGUCAGGAGAUCUGUGCAAAUAGAAAAACUCCACGUGAUGUGUUUUUUGUCUGUAAAAGUCUUUUUUGUGUGUUUUG